UAUAAAUAAUAAUAAAAAUCUUUUCAUGGGUAGAUUUUAAUCAUAUUACACCAUUUUUAAAACAUCUAUUUUAUUAUUAAUAUAUUAUUACAUCAUUAAAUUAUAGAUAUUUUUAUUAAAUCAUCUUUUUAAAAUGGAUAUAAAUUUUUUAAAUCAGAUGCCAAGCAAUAAGAUAAAUUACAAGGUAAAAUGCUUGCAUACAGGCUGCAACUCUAAUAAGAUUAGAAAAGACAAAAUUAAUUUACAUUACAAAACAAGACAUCCUAAUAGUGAUGUAAAGUUUGAGGUAAUAGCAAUUAAAAAAGAUAAGGUUUGGAACAAACUUGGUCCAAAUGCAAAUAAUCUCAAAAUAACUAAUGGAAUCAAUACUCAAUUUAAAAAAAAUAAAUCAAUUGCAACAUAUUUUCAAAAGGAAAUUGACUCUCCAUUAGAUACUCUUAAGAUAAAUCUACCACAACCAUUACAUAAUAUUAUCACACUAAAUCAAGAUGAAGAAAAAACUUAUAAUAUGGAGACUGCAUUCAUUUUUAAGGACAAACAAUCUCAUUUAGAUGCUCCCUAUCCAGAAAUUAUUCCAUUCAUAGAUGAUGAAACAUCGAAAAUCGAAAAUAUGCCUAGAAGUUCUAAUUUAGACAACCCAGAAAAAAUAUCUGGAAAUUUAUCAACAAUUAAAGAAGGUAAAAAUGAUGAUAUUGAUAUGCAAGCAUUAGAAUCAAUUUAUAUAGAUAAAUUACCAAACAAAGCUAAAAUAACUCCUUUAUCAUAUGAAGAUAAUGAAGAAAAUAUUAUUUCUUUAUAUAGGGAAAAGAAUCCUAAUUAUCCCUUUCAUUUUUUUAGAUUUAGAAUGACAAAAAAUAUGAUUGAUUUUAUAAUUCAAUUUGGUCCACUACAACCAAGUUCCAAUGAAUUUAUUUAUCCAAAAACUCAUAACAGGUUGGUUUAA